AUGUGGAGUGGACUAAAGUUUCUUUCUAGACCAAUACAAUCAAACCUUCGCUGUAUGUGGCAGCCUGUUUCAGUUAGCAAUUGGACUAUCAACAACUAUCGAUAUUUUGCAUCAAGCUUGGCUACAAUUGAAUCUGCAGUAAUAGAGCAAAUUAAAAACGCAGAAGGUGUGGAAAGAGAAAAAGUGACGAAUAAAAGCCUGUUUGAUGAAAUUGGCUUAGAUUCGCUUGCUGAAAUAGAGGUUUUUACAAAUUUGGAAGAAAAAUUUAAAAUUACAUUGACAGGGGAAGAUACCGACGAGGUCAGAGGGGUUGCUGACUUAGUCAAGGUGAUCCUAAAUAAGUUUAAAUAA